UAGCUCAUUAUGGAAGCACAGGAAUGUCCUUAGCAAACAGCUCUUUGACCUCUCCAGAGUCCUCAGUGCAGACCUAGUCUGCUUGAUUACCCAGCCCCUGGUUUUACUGUGAACCCUAAUUUCUCCAGCAAAGAAAUAUCUUGAACCGAUCAUGAGCAAAGUGGCCUUCUCGGACCAGCAAGCAGGUGGCUGUUCCAGGUCCUUCCUCAGGACUGACCUCCUCCUGCCCAGGGAGGGGGAGGGGAAGGCGGGUUGGAGAUGCCUGAUGUCACACAGCCCUACAUAAGGGCCUCCGUUAGACUCCUGCGGGUGGUUUGGAAGCAGCUGGAGGAAUGAAUUAGGUCCUGGUUGUGGGAUUUUUUUUUUUUUAAGUCAGACACAGACACAGCUGUUGAGCAAAAUGCAGACUCCACAGAAAACCCAAAGCCUCAGACCAUUCAAGCAGAGGAAGAGUUUAGCAACCAGACAAGAGGAAGUUGCUGGAAUCCGGGCAAAGUUCCCAAACAAGAUCCCGGUGAUAGUGGAGCGCUAUCCCAGGGAAAAGUUCCUGCCUCCGCUGGACAAGACCAAGUUCCUGGUCCCUCAAGAGCUGACCAUGACCCAGUUCCUCAGCAUCAUCCGGAGCCGCCUGGUCCUGGGGGCUUCUGAAGCCUUUUACUUGCUGGUGAACAAUAAGAGCCUGGUCAGCAUGAGUGUGACCAUGGCAGAGGUCUACAGGGACUACCAGGAUGAGGACGGCUUCGUGUACGUGACCUACGCCUCCCAGGAGAUGUUCGGCUGCCUGGGCUCCGGGAAGACCCUGCCGUCCUCUGCAGAGCAUGUCUAGAACCUGUUCUCAAACCUGCGGAGACAUGGACAAGCCCCAGUGUGUGCGGCAGGCAGUGAUCAGCACCAGCCAUCACAGGGACACCUGGCCACCCCUGUCUCCUUUGUGAGGCUCCAGGCUCCCAUGUGCUCCAUGUAAGAUGGCAUGCUGGCUCUUGGGAAUCGUGUAAAUAGUAAGUCCUUUC